CACGCCAAACACGCAGCCACCUCCUGCGACAACUGGCUAGCAUAGUCUAGGCUGUUGUCCCUUUAAAAUUCGAAUCCAAAGGGGUAAUGAUUUAUCAAACUUGUAUUAUCAAGAAGAUGUCAACCGAAGGGCACCUUGCUUUGCACUGACGCAAACCCGGCCUUUCCCAAGGAGAUAUAGAAAGAGCCUCUCCUGCCGGUGGCCCAACCCAGUCUUGUCUGUAGCAGGUACCACUCUUCAGUUCAAUCUGUUGCCUGGGUCCGACAUGGAUUGCAGUGCUUCGAAGGAAAUGAAUACACCACCAGCCAACAACCUGGAGGCGGCGGCGCCGGGCCAUCGGGAUAACCCGUGCGCGCCCCAGACCAGCCCGGAGCAAGAGCUUUCUGCGGCGACCGCCGCCGCGCCGCCGCCGCCACGUGUGCCCAGGUCCGCUUCCACCGGAGCCCAAACUUUCCAGCCCUCGGAUGCGCGAGCCUGCGAGGUAGACCGGCCAGGAGUGGGGUUUUGCAAACUCAGUGGCCAGCGGGAGCCGGCGGCCUCGGCGGCCCUCCGGGACUUAAGCGCAGGGCACGGCGGCGCGCAGGCCAACCUCCCUUCCGGGGGCGCGGGGCCUGGCAACGCGCUGCAUUGUAAGAUCCCAGCUCUACGCGGCCCGGAGGGGGAUGCGAAUGUGAGUGUGGGCAAGGGCACGCUGGAACACAACAAUACCCCGGCCGUGGGCUGGGUGAACAUGAGCCAGAGCACCGUGGUGCUGGGCACCGAUGGAAUCGCGUCGGUGCUUCCAGGCAGCGUGGCUACCUCGGCCACACAGGAGGACGAGCAAGGGGAUGAGAAUAAGGCCCGAGGGAACUGGUCCAGCAAACUGGACUUCAUCCUGUCCAUGGUGGGGUAUGCAGUAGGGCUGGGCAAUGUCUGGAGGUUUCCCUACCUGGCCUUCCAGAACGGGGGAGGUGCUUUCCUCAUCCCUUACCUGAUGAUGCUGGCACUGGCUGGAUUGCCUAUCUUCUUCUUAGAGGUUUCACUGGGUCAAUUUGCCAGUCAGGGGCCAGUGUCUGUGUGGAAGGCCAUCCCAGCUCUCCAAGGCUGUGGCAUUGCAAUGCUGAUCAUCUCUGUCCUGAUAGCCAUAUACUACAAUGUGAUUAUUUGCUACACACUUUUCUACUUGUUUGCCUCCUUUGUGUCUGUGCUACCCUGGGGCUCCUGCAACAACCCUUGGAACACGCCAGAAUGUAAAGAUAAAACCAAACUUUUACUAGAUUCCUGUGUCAUCACUGAUCACCCCAAAAUCCAGAUCAAGAAUUCAACUUUCUGCAUGACUGCCUAUCCCAACUUGACAAUGGUGAACUUCACCAGCCAGGCCAAUAAGACGUUUGUCAGUGGGAGCGAAGAAUACUUCAAGUACUUUGUGCUGAAGAUUUCUGCUGGGAUCGAAUAUCCUGGUGAGAUCAGGUGGCCGCUAGCCUUCUGCCUUUUCCUGGCUUGGGUAAUUGUGUACGCAUCCCUGGCUAAAGGAAUCAAGACUUCAGGAAAAGUGGUCUACUUCACAGCCACGUUCCCGUAUGUUGUGCUGGUGAUCCUCCUCAUCCGAGGAGUCACCCUGCCUGGAGCUGGAGCUGGAAUUUGGUACUUCAUCACACCGAAGUGGGAGAAACUCACAGAUGCCACGGUGUGGAAAGAUGCUGCCACUCAGAUUUUCUUCUCUUUAUCUGCUGCCUGGGGAGGUCUGAUCACUCUUUCUUCUUACAACAAAUUCCACAACAACUGCUACAGGGACACUCUAAUUGUAACCUGCACCAACAGUGCCACGAGCAUCUUUGCCGGCUUCGUCAUCUUCUCUGUCAUCGGCUUCAUGGCCAACGAACGCAAAGUCAACAUCGAGAAUGUGGCUGACCAAGGGCCCGGCAUUGCAUUUGUGGUAUACCCAGAAGCCUUAACCAGGCUGCCCCUCUCUCCAUUCUGGGCCAUCAUUUUUUUCCUGAUGCUCCUCACUCUUGGACUUGACACUAUGUUUGCCACCAUUGAGACCAUAGUGACCUCCAUUUCGGAUGAGUUCCCCAAGUACCUGCGUACACACAAGCCCGUCUUUACUCUGGGCUGUUGUAUUUGCUUCUUCAUCAUGGGCUUUCCAAUGAUCACUCAGGGUGGAAUUUACAUGUUUCAGCUUGUGGACACAUAUGCUGCUUCCUAUGCCCUUGUCAUCAUUGCCAUUUUUGAGCUCGUUGGGAUCUCCUAUAUCUAUGGCCUGCAAAGAUUCUGUGAAGACAUCGAGAUGAUGAUUGGAUUCCAGCCCAAUAUUUUUUGGAAAGUCUGCUGGGCAUUUGUAACCCCCACCAUUUUAACUUUUAUCCUUUGCUUUAGCUUUUACCAGUGGGAGCCAAUGACCUAUGGAUCUUACCGCUACCCAAACUGGUCCAUGGUGCUCGGAUGGUUAAUGCUUGCCUGCUCAGUUAUCUGGAUCCCGAUUAUGUUUGUGAUAAAAAUGCAUCUGGCCCCUGGAAGAUUUAUUGAGAGGCUGAAGUUGGUGUGUUCUCCACAGCCAGACUGGGGCCCGUUCUUAGCUCAACACCGUGGAGAGCGUUACAAGAAUAUGAUUGACCCCUUGGGAACUUCUUCCCUGGGACUCAAACUGCCAGUAAAGGAUUUAGAACUGGGUACCCAGUGUUAGUCCCAUGGUAUAGGAUAGUCCAGACUUCAUUUUGUUUUAACUCUCUUCCGACCCUUGAGAUUUUCCCAAGUUUUAGUCCCGGUUUUCUUCUUUCUCCAAACAUGUUGGUUCACAGCCAUGCAUGAGAGUGUUACAUAGAAAAUAGGCCAUAGUGUCGCAUGCUAUAGUGAGACGCAUACAGACCACUGGAA